AUGUAUACCAGGGAAUACUCGAGGGACUAUUCCAAGCCCCGCAAAUCGGUUAUUAGGAUGGAUCCAGACUGUGCCAUCUGCCAUGCUCCGGCAACCCUUGCCUGUGACUGCGAGGCCAAGGGUCUCGAGGUUGCGAUCCGACAAGCCGAGUCCCGCAUGAUGCAGUCGAUAUACACUGAUAUACGGUCAUGGGUACGGGGACAUGCUCAAGACUAUAUCCUCGAAUACUUCCGUCUGCUGACCGAGCGCCGGAAAACCGCGCACUCGUCCCACCUGGAACGUCUAACAGCACACGCAUAUCACUACUACCAUGCGCCGCCACACCCCAACGAGAUAGCCCAAGCCCAAGCAGCUCUCAAGCGCGGCAUCGAUGAAGACUGGCAAGCGAGUGUGCAACGGUAUCCUGAGGUGCUAGAGUACUUCUACAGUCUCGUAGAGCUCACACUCCCCGGCGAUGACGAGUCCGCCGUGAAAGACCCGCCCCUGAGUGCUCUGAACGGAUCGCGCAAAGCCGGCCGACGCAGCACGACUGGUACCCUCGCGGGCGAGAGUUUUCACGAUAGUAGGAAUACGCCACUACCCCGAAGGACACCGCCACCGAUGAUAGACAGGAGAACACCUGGACCGCCGCCUAUGGCUGGGCUGGCUGGGCUGGGUCCGCCGCCGCCGCUACCGCCGCCCAGCUCGGGUAGGCGAAUGUACCGGCCUCCCGCGCCGAGCUUUUACAGCAAUCAGAACUACUGA